AUGUGUAGGUAAGGCUGUUCUGUCAGUUACUGUCUUACCGACACCUUUUGUUGCGAAAACAAAUCUAACCUCAACCAACUUCAUACUCUUAUAUCCAUUAUCAUUUUUCUGACAUUUCUUAAAAAAAUUCUGUUCUUGACAAAAGUCAGUUUUAUCAUUAGAAAGUGAACAGUACUCAAAAUGUCCGACGCUCCAGUAUCUGCAGGAUCAAUCCCAAAGCCCAUGCUCAGGGGAUUGCAUAAUGCCACCAUCAAGAGGAAUUUGGGAAUUGCCGUAGGUUUGGUGUUCACCGUUUCCAUGCUCUUCAAAGUUGCCGUCAAGGACCCAAGGAAAGAUGCCUAUGCUGAAUUCUACAAGACCUACGAUGCCCAAAAAUCAUUUGAAAAAAUGAAGGCUGCUGGUGUUUUCCAAUCGUGUUAAAAAUAUGAAAACUGUCUUAAUCAUUAAGGUUUAAAGUGAAUUAAUACUUAUAAAGCAAUAAAAUGCUAUAAGGAAAUAAAAUAA